UAAAGAAAACGUCCGCGGCGACGGAAAACACCCGGCCGGCACAUCGCGCGGCACGCGUCCGCCCCCCGUCCGACGCGUGGCGGGUCCGUGGCGUUUGUUUUAAUUGGCUAACUCCGGCAACUCGCACAGGAGUUUGAACCGUGUUCGCUGGCCUCUUCCUACGCUCCGCCAUUUUGUACCGAGAGCGAUGCUAAUCAUGGGCGCUCCCGCAUGCACUUUAUUUAUGGGCCGGGGUGCGACGGAGGUCUGCGGCGUGAAGUCCAACCCGGCCGGGGUCGGGCGGCGUUGACCGUUGCGCACUUUGCCCCCACCACCACCCACCACCCGGGGGGGGGGGGUUGUGACCGCCGGCCAUGCGGGCAGUGUGACAAUAUUCCCCGCGCCGGACACGCGUCAAGACCGCAACGUUGUAUCGCAGCCUCGGCGCGCGGAAAACUCUCCCGAGUUCCGCCGGCGGACGCGGAAAACCACGUCUCCCGUGCGGCCGGUGCACGCUCGGCCGCCUGGGACGUGCGCGGCCGGGCAAACGGCGGAUUUGGGGGAGAUAGCGUCAAAACAAGGGAAAGAUGAACUUGCGCCGUUAACUCGGGGUCGGCGCGUCUCUCCCCGCGUCGGCCGGCGACCUCGGCGGAGGUUCGCCCUACUGAGGUGGUUUGUGCACGUAUUUCCCCGCUGGCUGACCCGCAAAACAACAUUAUUGUUGACUUGUUUUGUCUGAAUUCGAAGUGCAUGGUGUAUCCCGCGAGCCGGCGCACACUCGCCCCCUAGCGGUGAUGCGGCGCGGUGCGACACUCGCAAGUGCAGGUAUCCUUUGCUUCACAGUCUUGGGCUGCUUGGCACGUCGAGGAGGGACGGGGACCCGCGCACUGCCAUAGCCGCGCGCGCUGAGCGCGGGUGGUGUGAGAGAGUUGUAGGAAUCCGGUCGGCACUGCGGAGUUGACCCCCCUUUUUAUUUGAAGGAGGACUUCUUUUGGAACUGUAAAUAUGCGACUGAGUUUGUCCCGGUUGACAGUAAGGCCUUCAAUGCUGAUGUAAUGAUGUCAUGUCAGGUGGUGAGAGGUACUGGGAUCAUAGGAGUAAAGAUGACUGACACUCCACCCAGUGACGGUCCCUCCCAAGGAGCAGAGUUUGACAUGAUGGGCGCGCUGGACUGGAAGGACGGCAUUGCCACGUUGCCAGGCAGCGACAUCCGGUUCCGCAUGACAGAGUUUGGAACUCUGGAGAUUGUCACAGACGGAGAGGUCAAAGGGCAGGAGGCAGAGCCCAACUCGAAGACGCUGGACCCGGCACCGUCUCACAGUCCCACCCCUCCGCCAGAGGGCCAAUCGCUGACCAGCGCAGCCUCAGCUCCGGACAAUCAGAACCACCCAGGGUCAUCUCAGGCCCCCGGUCCUGUGCUUCUGUCACUGGAAGAGGGGCCCAGCAUGGAGGGGCCUAGCGUGGAGGUUGGUCCCAGUGUCGAGGUCGGCUCCAGCGCAGACGUGGGUCCUAGCGGGGAGCUGGCGAGCUGCAGGGCCUGUGGCGGCCAUGUCCCUCGAGAUGUCCUCCUCCAGGGUAAAUUCUGCAGCUCGGUUUGUGCCCAGCCUUCCAGUGGCAGGUCCUCCCCGGGGGAACCCAGGGAGAGUCAGACGGUCGAGGGCGAAAGGCUGGGCAAGCGAGUGCGCAAAAAGAGGAAGAUCUUCAUGGAUUCCGGCGAUGAGGAGGAAGACAACCAGGAGGAGGAAGAGGAAAAGGCCAAGGCUUCCAAAGGCAGGAGGGCUGCCAAACUCGCCAGGCUGGUGACCGCGCCGCCUAAGAAGAGGGCGUGGAGCUGGCCUGCUUACCUGGAGGAGGAGCGAGCCGUCGCCGCCCCCGUUAAGCUGUUCAAAGAGCACCAGUCGUUUCCUCAGAGCAGGAAUGGCUUCAAGGUGGGGAUGAAGCUGGAGGGACUGGACCCCUGCCACCCGUCCCUGUUCUGCGUGCUCACCGUCGCUGAGAUCCAAGGCUACAGGAUAAGGCUCCACUUUGACGGCUACCCCGAGUGCUACGACUUCUGGGUCAACGCCGACUCCUGGGAUGUGAAGCCAGCCGGCUGGUGCGAGAAGAUGGGGCACAAGCUGUUGCUGCCCAAAGGCUGUAAGGAUGGGGAGUUUAACUGGAGCAUGUAUGUGAAGAACUGCAGGGGUCAGCUGGCCCCCAAGCACCUCUUCAAGAGCCUCAACACGUCCGUGACUCCAUCCGGGUUCCGGGCGGGGAUGAAGCUGGAGGCGGUCGACAGGAAGAACCCGUCCUUGAUCUGCGUGGCGACCAUCGCCGCCGUCGUCGAUAACCGGCUGCUCAUUCACUUCGACAACUGGGACGACACGUACGAUUACUGGUGUGAUGCUAGCAGUCCGUACAUCCAUCCCGUGGGGUUCUGUGAGGAGGCUGAACUGACCCUCACGACGCCAGCUGAAUAUAAGCAGCCUAAGACCUUCUCCUGGGAGAAGUACUUGGAAGAGACUGGGACACAGGCCGCCCCGGCGCGGGCCUUCAAACCGCGGCCUCCUCAUGGCUUCCAGUUUGGGAUGAAGCUGGAGGCUGUCGAUAAGAGGAACCCUAUGCUCAUCCGCGUGGCGACGAUAGCCGACACAGAAGACCAUCGGCUGAAGAUCCAUUUCGAUGGGUGGAGUAAGGAGUAUGACUACUGGGUGGAGACGGACUGCUCCGACCUGCAUCCUGUAGGCUGGUGUCAGAAGACUGGACAUCCUCUACAGUACCCUAAUGGCUGCACCGAUACGACAGUCCCCCCGGGACAAGGUUGUCCCACCCCAGGAUGCAAUGGGGUCGGCCACAUUAGAGGACCCCGCUACGGAACCCACUACACUCAGGUGAGCUGCCCGUACUCGGAGGUGAACCUAAACAAAGAGGGCUUGGUCCCGGACCGUCUCAGUGGAGAGCGACCUAUGACCCUAAGUGGACCUCAUCACCGCGGCCGACGCCCCGAUCCUCACCCGGCCCCCGCGUCGACACAGACCCCCGCUGUGCCGGAGCAGCCCGAAGGGGCGGACGAUUCCCAGAACAACAGGAAACCUCCAACGGCUGAAGCGGAGCGUCCCGGGCGCACCAGCCAGCCUGAGCCACAGGGUGGGGCCGGUGAGCAAAGCCACAACGGAGCGAGACCCAAACGGUCUGCCCCGGUUCCCAAGUACCUGAAGAUGCACUAUGUGAAAGAGGAGAUUGGAGAUGGUAAAGGUACAUCCUCUCCAGACUCCAUCUCCCUCCAGCAGGCCCUCCACGAGUCGGUGUUCUCCCCGGGCAUCUCUUCCUCUCCCCCACACCGGGUGGCUCUGUGUUGGGACAAACACUGCCAGCUGCUCCCUGAGGUCCUGGGCCUCACCGCGAAAAGGGUGGCCACUUGGAACGCUGAAGAGGUGGCCGGUUUUGUCAAAGGGCUCCCGGGUUGCAAAGAGCAUGCGGCUACGUUUAGGACAGAGCAAAUAGACGGCGAGGCCUUCCUACUUCUUACCCAGGCGGACAUCGUAAAGAUCCUGUCAAUCAAACUGGGACCCGCCCUGAAGAUCUACAACUCCAUCGUAAUGCUGAAGAACGCCGACGAGGAGUAGGACCGGGCUCCGCACAGAAUCGCUUCCUCCUUACUAGUCCGUCAGUUCCCCUGCUUUUAUUAACAGCUCAUUUAAGAGACAAGAGGGUCACGCCACCCGCAGGCUGCAUUAGAUCUGUCAAGUCCUGCGACUGUCGAGGUACAAGAGAGAAACGGAGCGCCGUCAGAACCGUAGGCCAAUACCCCAUGUCUCUCCAAGCCUCUCUCACAAUGGACAGCCGGAGGGGGGGGUGGGGUGGUGGUGGUGGGGGGGGGGCUCUUACAUUGUA